CAAAGUGACUAUCGAAAAUGUUGUGGCAUAAAUUAAUUGGAUUCGCAAUUCUCAGUCUGGCGCUGACUCAACUCGAGUUUGUCCAGAGUGAUGUUCCUGCUUCCGGUUGCAGGAAUAACUUCUCCUCAGUGGCAGGAAAAUGUCUGUACGCCUCCAAAAAUUGGCUAAACUGGUAUGAGGCAGAUCGGACUUGUCGCUCCCUGGGUGCUGAGCUCCUCAGUGUGCAGAAUCAGACGCAGUUGCAGCAGAUUGAAAAGUGGUUAAAUACCACAUUACCUUUCACUCUGGACUUUUGGACAUCUGGCAAUUCAUUGGGUCAGAAAGGCGUCUAUUUCUGGCAGAGCAAUGGAGAGCAGGCUCGUAAUAUGCCAUGGUCACCUGGUCAACCUAGAUCAGCUGAUGGCGAUUGCUUAAGCCUUAUUGCCAACAAACUACACAACACUGGAUACUACGAUUAUGGUUUGAAGGUCAAUAAUUGUACCUUCUGGGCAUCUAUUGUCUGCGAGCAGCAACCACAGAAAUAUAAUACAAGGAUCUGCCUUCAGCCUGGAUCCUUUGAAAACGCUCAAGUUUUGGCCUAAAGGUUUUCGAUUUUAAAAUUAAAUAAAAAUACUUUUUGAGAAAUAAGUCAAGAGUAUCGACUUGAAUAUAA